UUGGCACUACUGCUACACUAAUUUUAUGUUUACAAAUUUUACUUGGAAGUCGAAGUAAAUAUUUAUUAAAUAUUAAAGAAAUAAGCCAGGAUGGCCCACUACAAAGGUGCCGCCAGCGAGGCGGGCCGUGCCGCCCAGCUGAUGAAGAAGCGCGAGAUCCAGCAGCAGGAGAUCGAGUUCCGCAAGAAAAGGAUCGAGGAGGAGUUGAAGCUGGACAAGAUUGAGAACAAGUUCGCCACGCACUACGAUGCCGUGGAGCAGCAGCUUAAGUCCUCGACCAUUGGCUUGGUCACCCUGGACGAGAUGAAGGCCAAGCAGGAGGAUAUAGUCCGGGAACGAGAGAAAAAACUGGCACAGAAAAAGGACGAAAAGGAUCGGGAGAAGCAGCGCGCCUUGGAGGCCAUUCAGGCGGAGAAAAACAAGCAGAAGCGACAGAUUCAGGCGCUGUCCUUCAAUUUGGACGAAGACGAGGAAGAGGAUGGAGACCAGGAGGAAGAAGAGCUCAAUAUAAAACCAGAGGAGAAGCCUAAAGUUAAACCGAAAUGGACGGAGAUGAAGAACGAGAUUGUUCCCAUUAAGAAAAAGAAAAUAUGCAAAAAUCCCGAUGUGGACACCUCCUUUCUGCCAGACCGCGAGCGCGAGGAGCAGGAGAACCGUCUGCGGGAGCAACUGCGCCAGGAAUGGGUCAUGCAGCAGGCGGAGCUCAAGGACGAGGACAUCUCUAUCACCUUCAGUUACUGGGAUGGCUCCGGCCAUCGACGCAAUGUGCUGAUGAAGAAGGGCAACUCCAUCUACCAGUUUCUGCAAAAGUGCCUGGAACUGCUGCGCAAGGAGUUCAUCGAACUGAAGACCGUGAUGGCCGACCAACUGAUGUACGUCAAGGAGGAUCUGAUCCUGCCGCAUCACUACUCCUUCUACGACUUCAUCGUGACCAAGGCGCGAGGCAAGUCGGGCCCACUGUUCCAAUUCGAUGUCCACGACGAUGUGCGCAUGAUCAGCGACGCGUCCGUGGAAAAGGAGGAGUCCCAUGCCGGCAAGGUUCUCCUUCGCUCCUGGUACGAACGUAACAAGCACAUAUUCCCCGCUAGCCGCUGGGAGCCAUACGAUCCCACAAAGUCCUACGAUAAGUACACCAUCAAAGACAAGGAAAAGAACAAAAAUUGACGGUUUUGCUACCACUUCUACCUCAGUUUGCAUAUUUUUUGUACCUUAAUAAUUCAAUAAAUAAAUUUCAACGUAAA